AUGGAUGUGCACCAGCCAGUUCUCCACAUCGAAGCUCGUGUCAAGACCAACAACGACGGCAUCAUCAUCCGCACGGACUUAAUCCGAGACGAACUCACCAAGUGGCUGACUGAUAAGUUCGUGGCUCUGGAUUCCGUGCUCGUUUGCGAGUGCACCGGUGGUACCAUGGAAUCCGGAGCAUAUCCGCUGGAUCAGGUAAGGUUGGAUGUGCAAGCAUACCAGCUCCAUACGCAACUGGAGUCCGAUGACCCUCACCUCGCCCAGACACUCAAUGGUCACACCGAGAAUAGUAUGAACUCAACGAGGGCCAGGGUCAUGGCCCUGCCCAACUCAGAUCUGAAUGGACUCUGGGAAUCCUUGCACUUCGCUGAGCCUAUCCAGUUAACGCUCCUUACUGCUAUCAGCAGAAUGCUCUCGUUCUCUGCCUGCAAGCUCGACAGAUGGACUAUUAACUGGAACAAGCUGGUUCUCCUAUGGGGCCCACCUGGAACGGGCAAAACAAGCUUGUGUCGCGGUCUAGCUCAGAAGCUUGCCAUACGCCUGGGGAAAGACUAUCCCCAGAGUAAAAUGUUCGAGAUCAACGCGCACGCGCUAGGGAGUAAGUUCUUCAGCGAGGGAGCGAAAUUAGUGGACCAGAUGUUUGAGCGCAUAGAUCUGCUGCUUGAAGAGGAGGACGAAACGCUCGUCUGCGUAUUUAUCGAUGAAAUCGAGACGCUCGCUGCCAAUAGAGAUCGAGCUUUGAGUAGCAACGAGCCAUUUGAUGCCAUUCGAGCCGUGAACGCUCUGUUGACAGGCCUCGACAAAAUCAAGGCCCAUCCAAAUGUGAUUGUGGUCUGUACGAGCAACUUGUUGACUGCACUGGACCCGGCGUUUCUCGACCGCGUCGAUAUCAAGCAAUGUGUACCAAAUUUAUCCAGCCGAUCGAUCUAUCGCAUCUACAAAGAUUGCCUCGAGGAGAUGAGUCGUAAUGGUAUCAUCGAAGGCGCCGCAUUUGAGGUGAGACUGAGUCAAUCGGACAAUCCUCAAGCGAGCUUGUCGUACAUGGAAGAGCCAGCCGAGCAGCUCACGUUACCGACGUAUGAUGAGAUGAUUGUCAACUACCCGAUGUUUCCAGAGGCCGUCCCCACACUGCUGGCCGAGGCGGUGUCGGAGAGUCUGGGACUGAGCGGCCGAACGGUUCGUCGACUAGCCAUUCUAUCGCUAGUGAUGUAUGGCGAGGAAGGAAGAAGUGAUAUUCGCAAGGCCAUUCAGCAGGCCGAUUGCAACCCCGAAGUCAGUAAGGUGAAGGGGGAUAAGGGGAGGGAUCAACAGCCAUUGAGGGCUGUAGACCAGGACAUGGAGCGUGCGUCUUCCUCUGCCGCCGGUCCCGAAUCCGCCAGCUCCCCCUUCAACCUCACACUCACUGCCUCCGCCGCCACCGCCGUCGCUAUCGGAUCGGCCGCCUAUCUCUAUGGCCAAGAGGCUCACGCCAUGACGCCUGCUGAGGAGGGUCUGCACGCUACCGCAUACCCUUGGGAGCACGCCAAGUGGAACAAGACAUUCGAUCACGCCGCUCUCCGCCGUGGUUUCCAGGUCUACCGUGAAGUCUGCGCCAGCUGCCACUCCCUGACCCGUGUGCCCUGGCGCUCGUUCGUCGGUGUCCUCCACACCGUCGAUGAGAUGAAGGCCAUGGCCGAAGAGUACGAGUACGACACCGAGCCCAACGACCAGGGUGAGAUCGAGAAGCGUCCCGGAAAGCUGUCCGACUACAUCCCCGCCCCCUACCCCAACGAGGAGGCCGCCCGUGCUGCCAACGGUGGUGCUCUGCCCCCGGAUCUCAGCUUGAUCGUCAAGGGCCGUCACGGUGGCUGCAAUUACAUCUUCAGUCUGUUGACUGGUUACCCCGACGAGCCCCCAGCUGGUGUUGUCCUCGGUGAGGGCAUGAACUUCAACCCCUACUUCCCCGGUACCGGUAUUGCCAUGGGUCGUGUUCUCUUCGACGGUGUCGUCGAGUACGAGGACGGCACCCCCGCCACCACCUCCCAGAUGGCCAAGGACGUCGUGGAGUUCCUCAACUGGGCCGCCGAGCCCGAGAUGGACGACCGCAAGAAGAUGGGUGUCAAGGCCAUCACCCUUCUGACCGGUCUCUUCGCCCUGAGCGUCUGGGUCAAGCGUUACAAGUGGUCCCCGAUUAAGACGAGAAAGAUCGUGUACAGCCCCCCCGUUUCCCGGCGCUAG